CACAUAUCAUAUCAGUGUCCAUUGAACAUCUGGACGGUUGGUGUAACGAACUAGACGAUUGAGCUCGGUUGAUUCUACAGUUUCCAAAUACGUUUUCGUACCGGUUUCCUUGUGUUAAGGCUUUGUCUCUGUAACGGCUCUUCUCGAUAUAUCCGCUCGCCCCUUGAUUUCUUUGUUCCAAGAUGUGAAGAAGUUUAGUACCGUUAGUAAAAUGUGAAAGUUAAAAUAAACAUUAUGAAGUAACAUAGAGUUCAACUAAAUAAUAGUAAAGUAAACAAGGAAAUAAAGCUUUGCACCUCAUAAACAGUGUACUGUGCCCGCAACUGUGUUUGUGGAGUGAGCGCUUAGGAACCAGUUAAAGAAAUAUCCCAACGAUAUGUUUUUAUUAACAUGAAACAGUACAUUAAUAUAAUUAUUUACCGUGAUAAUGAAGAUGAUGAAAGAUUAAAGUGAUUAAAUAGUGAGCACUUUAUAUUUUCCCCAGUAAGAGAAUUGUGAGAUUGCAAUGGAUGAAGAAUCAAAACUGACUGUCUCGUUCAGCGUCAGACUUGUACAGUCUUACGAGUGCCUCAGUCUUAAUGACUGAUCAAUAUGAAAUCAUCUAAAGAACUGACGUUUUACAGGCUGUUUUAGGAAACGUCACCGAAUAACAGAAUGCGUUGGAAAGAAUGUGCCUGCCCAUCUGCUCUGAGGAUAAUCCCUAUAAGAAGAAAAGUGUCAUUUUUAAUAGUUUGUGCACUUCUUGUGGGCAUCCAGCUGUGGUACCCACUCAUCUUCCAGUGGGGUGAUGAUACCCUCCUUAUCAAGCAUCACUUGAGUAAAUGGAAUGCCAUUCUUAAGCAUCGAUAUCAAUCUUUAGUGGAAGAAAGUGAACUGAAAGUAACUACUGCCGAUGAAGAUUUCCCUUACAGUUAUGUCAUCAGCGAACCAAAUUAUUGUAGCAACCGAAGUGACUUGUAUAUCAUCAAUAUCGUAGGCACUGCCCCCUGGGAAUUCAAAGCCAGGAAUCGGAUCAGACGGCUUUGGGCCAAUGAAACUUAUAGGAACUUGACUGGUUUUAGUACAGUCUUUUUCAUUGGCCAAAUAUCCGACGAGACAAUCAUGAAUGAUGUUAAGACAGAGAGUGAUAAGUACCGCGAUGUAAUUUUACUCGAUGUUUUGGACUCUUACACCAAUCUAACGUUGAAGACGUUAGCUCUGUUUCACUGGGUUGACAGAUACUGCCCGAAUCCUGUGUGGGUUUUGAAGAGUGAUGCUGAUGUUUUUGUGAACACAUUUGCUCUCUCGAGGUACUUACAUAAAGUGCAAGACUCUGGUAGGAGAUUAAAUAAUACGUUUGUCUGCAAGAAAAGAGGACCAGCGUCACCCUGUCGUGUCAAUUGCCCUCACGCCAAGUGGAGAGUGUCCUGGGAAGAAUAUCCUAAAGACAAGUAUCCUGAGUAUUGCAUGGGCCCAGGAUAUGUUAUUCCAAGGAGCAUAAUCAGGCCUAUCUACGAAGCAGCGAACAAAACCCAUCCAUUCCGCAUGGAAGACGUCUACUAUACUGGAAUCCUCCCAGACACGAUAAAAGUGGCCAGGAAAAAACACAGCAUCAGAAGUCGUUUCCCAUGGCGGCCCAAAUCGUGGCAAGACUCUUUUGUAUUUGGUGACCUGAUGAUCCUGGAACUAGACAAGAGAUUGGGAAGAGGAGCCUCGGCAUUGGUGUGGAGUAAUAUCCUUAAGAGCAGAGGUCUAAUAAAAGAGGUAGAUGGUCUGAUCCAAGGUCAGUUUAAGAAUGUAGUUUUUAAACGUCCUGAGAAGCAGUGACAAACUUCAGUAGAAUAGUAUGUACAGACUUACCUUACUGUGUAUAUAUAUAACAUUAAUUUGUUAAGCUUAGUUCAUUAAUAUGGAGUAGUGGAGUAGUUAUACUAUUCAAGUAUUUAGUGAGAUGGUUUAAUACUUUUAAUGUUUAGUAACAGUUUCUUGGGUACUUUGGAAUAGAAUUUACUAAAUCGCUUUCAUACUAGAAACUGUAUGUUACUAAAACAGUUUCUUACUAGGAAGUUUUGACCAGAAAUUACUGAAAAAAAAGGUGGACAAAAUGAAACAAAGUUUGCAAGUAGCUCUCAUUGUUUAUUGCAGAAUAGUUUUACAAUUGAAAGUAACUACCAUAUUUUUCAUGUGAAUUUUUAUAAAAUCAAAAUAGACUGCACAUAUUAUAUUGAGAUUUUGCACAACAAAUUGAUAUGUAUUUAAUAAAAGUUGAAAAUUAGUUUGUUGUCAUUGAAUACUGUUUGUAUUUAAGUACUAUAGACAUAACCUUUCACUCUUAUUUUGUAGUCUAUUACCAGUAAUGUAUUACCUAAUAAUAGCUUCCCAUUUUUCUAUUUUUUCAGCUUAGCAGCAGCAUUAAACAUACUCCAGUCAUCUUUACCUAAAUAGAGAUCUGUCUAAGCUCGCUCUCAUUGUUGUAUAUUAGACUAGGGACCCCAUAAGUUGUGGGUAAGGCAGUACUGUGUAGUCAGCCUCUCUCACAUAUUUAAUGCCAAUACAGUAAUGGAAUGAGGAUAAGACAUUUGCUGUAAUAACACCUAAAGUUCAAGGACCUCAACUUGGCGGAUCUCUCUACUUUCAGCUGCAAUGUUAUAAUUAUUUUCUGCUAUGCUACCAUCUUAGAUAUGAUAUAUUUUUAAGUAAACAUCUUAAAUUAAAUGUUGAGCAUAAAGCACAAGUUGGUUUAGGUUAGGAACUAUAUUUGCAAUUGCUGUUAGCAGUUGUAAGAAACCUAUAAAAUAUCAACAUGCAGCCUAAAAAAAUGGAUUGUUACUUAUUAGAAAGCCAGAGCUCCAAAGUAUCUGUUUAGUUGAGGUACUACCUUUCAUUUACUAAUAAUUUUCCUUGCCUAUCAUACAAGACCAGAAUGUCUCAUUCUGCAAGUAAUGUUAGUUAUGUCGAUUUUCUAUGUAAUUUGGGGCAUCUCCUUCCUUUACUUGAUAUUAAACACUAAGAAAUUGAAAUCAUGGUACUAUUAACCUUAACCCCUAACGAUUGUAGUGCAGUCCAGUAUUGCAGUGGCGUAACUGAUAUACAUUCUUUUGAAAAUACUGUAAAAAUCAUGGUCAGUUUGGAGAGGAUAAUGUUUAUGAAGAUUUCAUGUGAUCAAGACAGGUAACGAUUGCAAGUUGUUCAUUUGCGGAACAAACCUUCGGUCUUAACAAUAGGAUGUUCCCAAGUGCAGCUGGUAAACCGGUUAAUACAAUCAGAGAUUGUAAGCAAGGAAUUCGAGAUCUGGCAACGCCUGCGUAUAUGAGGUGAGAUCUGGAUCAUCUGGUCGAACUUCGAAGACUGCCAGCGCCAAGCGCCAGUCUUUUCCUAACCGGCUUGGAGAGUAAACGGUUAAGCUUUGCUCUCCUCCCAAGCCGGCUGUGUUUUGCCUGUGUUCUUUCUUUCCAGUGUGAUUGAGUAUAUAUGUUUAGGAUUAUGGCUUCCUCUGAAACUACUCAUCCUAGCCAGCGUAUAUGUCCAAGCAUCUGAGGAUGUUGAUGGAGCCUACCUGAUGGAUCAAGGUGCUGCAACUCUCAGAACACCUGCUUCACUACUGCCUCAACUUGACUCUUCAAAACUCUCCAGCAAGUGUAAAGACUAAAGAGGAUUCAAGACUGUUGAGUGAGACUGGGAUCAGCCAAAACUUGUAGGAAUAGGGUAGAUACAGUGGUACCUCGUUUGUCGAACGUUUCAUAUGUCGAACUUAACGUUUUUCGAACAAAAUUUUCGAGAGUAUCAUUUGUCGAACAAAUGCUCGUACUUCGAACUGACUUAUCUAGUUUAUACUUGUUAGACGGCCUACUGGGUCUUACAAGGUAAACUGUAUUCAUUUAUUUUUUCAUUUACAAUAUAUAGUUUCAUGUUAACAAUAUUCGACAAAAUACAUUAAAGUA